AACAUUUUACAUCUUUGGCGCGGAAGUCGGAAAAAAGCCAACCUGCUGUGCUGCAAGCCUUGGUUUCAACUUUCAACUUGACUUGUAACCACACACUGAACAAUACUGAACAUUAUAGAACUGAUAGAGCUAUUUCAGUGGUUUUCACGUCUUAUGAACUCUCUUUAACCCAGCUAUGGGUAUUCAAGGAUUAACAAAGCUUCUUGGUGAUUGUGCACCGUCAUCAAUGAAAGAGAAUGAAAUCAAGAGUUUUUUUGGGAGGAAAGUUGCAAUUGAUGCAUCAAUGAGCAUUUAUCAGUUCCUGAUUGCAGUCCGACAGGAUGGGUCUCAACUGACGAAUGAGGAAGGUGAAACAACAAGUCAUUUGAUGGGAAUGUUCUACCGUACAAUAAGAAUGGUGGAAAAUGGGAUUAAACCGGUGUAUGUAUUUGAUGGGAAACCACCUGACAUGAAAUCAGGAGAGUUGGCUAAGAGGAAAGAGAAACGUGAUGAAGCUCAAAAAGAGCUGGAGAAAGCAGAAGAAGCAGGUGAUGAGGAGAAUGUUGAAAAGUUCAGCCGAAGACUGGUGAAAGUCACCAAGGAACACAAUGAUGAGUGUAAAAAGUUACUUACACUCAUGGGCAUUCCAUAUGUUGAGGCUCCUUGUGAAGCAGAGGCACAGUGUGCAGCUCUCGUGAAAGCUGGUAAAGUCUUUGCCACUGGCACUGAGGAUAUGGAUUCUCUCACAUUUGGGUCCAGUGUUGUGCUCCGGCAUCUUACAUUCAGUGAAGCAAGGAAAAUGCCCAUCAAAGAAUAUAAUUUAGGUCGGCUGCUUAGUGAACUUGCCUUGUCUCAAGAUGAGUUCAUUGACCUUUGUAUCCUUCUGGGCUGUGAUUACUGUGAUUCCAUCAAAGGCAUUGGGCCCAAGCGAGCCAUAGAGCUGAUCAAGCAACACAGAUCAAUAGAAGAAAUUCUGAAACAUCUUGACAAGAAGAAGUACCCUGUGCCGGAGGAUUGGAUGUAUAAGGAAGCCAGACGACUAUUCCAGGAACCGGAAGUUGCAGAUGCGGAGAAGUUAGAUUUAAAAUGGACAGACCCUGAUGAGGAGGGUCUUGUUGAAUUUAUGGUAUCACAGAAAAAUUUCAGUGAAGAAAGAAUACGAAAUGGAGUUAAGAAGUUGCAAAAGGCUAAACAAGGAACAACUCAAGGUCGCAUGGACUCUUUCUUCUCUGUUGUCUCAACGUCUAAAACAUCAAAGAGAAAGGCGGAGGAACCUAAAGGAUCACAAAAGAAAAAGGGAAAGGGAACUUUCAAGAAAGCAAAGUGAAUUGUACUCUGCUGUCAUUUGCAUAUAUAUAUUGUUAUGUACAUGUAGUAUUCCUUGCAUAUAUUAAUGUCACAUCAUUGGUUGAGCAAUUAUCUCCUAUUUUGGAGCUUAACAAAUGGUAUGAUUUGUUUUUAUUUCUUACACUUUUCAUGAUCCUUCGAUAUGCCUUGUGUGUUCUGUCCUUGAUAGGUGGCCCCGAUUUUUACCUUGAUUGGAAUACAAAAUGAAUGACACAUCUCUGAUUUUCAGUCUUUCUUCCUUCUUCUUUGUGUUCCCCUGUAAGAUCUCAGGGGUAGUGACUUCUGGCUCUUGAACUUGCAAUGCAGCUGAUUUUUACAUAAGUGACCAGAGGACUGUUGAUUGGUGCUCUGGUAUGGUGUGCUCCUUCCUUCCUUCCUAUCAACCAUCUAUCAUCUUUAUCUUUCCUUCUUUUUUUGUGUUUGCUACUCUUUCGUAACACCUGUGGUUGGCGGGUGCUCUGCUCCUUCUUUCCUAUUUAACAUCACUUGUCCUGAUUUGUCCUCCUUCAGAUUUUGAAGUCACUCUGUUUUUAUACUGACUAGAGUAUUUUCAGUUUUGGUUGGAGUUAAUUCUGCUUGGGUGGCGGCCGGAGCCUAAUCUUAUCAAUUUUAGGACCACCAGGGGAUAUCUUUAAUGUGCGCAAUUUGCACACGCGACCCUAAAGAUUUUUCACCCUUAUCUGAGAAGACUGGCUACUACAUUUUAUUUUCCUUAAGUUAAGGUGUGUGGUUUAAGAUUUAAAGACAGCAGUAAGAAGGAGCCAGGCGUAGAAGUAGAAAGACUCAGGAGUAUAGGAAUAAGGAACCCAAAGGAGGCUGAAGACUGGGGGAAGAAAUGAAUUUCAGUGUUUCGACUUUUUUAGCUUUAUAGUGUUAGGUUUAUUCUGUUGAUUUGAGGCAAUUUGUUUCCUACACACAAGACUGUGUUGUGUGAAGCUGCAUCAGGCCGAGCCCUGACUAAAUCAGUUUUAUAAAUGAAAAAUUUAUGGACAUGGUGUAUGGGUCAUAUGAGUAAUGUUCAUAGCUCGAAGACCAUUUACCUUGCUUCAAUUAGAGAUGAGUCUUUAAAAUGUGGUUCAUUCCCUUCUUAUGAUUUGAUAAACCCUGUUGAAAUAAGCAUUGAGCCCAUACUGUACUGAGGGAAGCUGAUCAUGCCUUUUGGCUUUUAUCGUCCUUGUCUGUGAACUAUGACUCGGUGGCAUUCUGGUGCUGGAAGAGCUCUAGUUCUAGCCUUUUUGCAGUCGCAUUCUGACUUGUUGAGUUUACGUGGCAGUGGAGUUUGCUUAAACUGGACCCAGGUAAUCUGAAAAUAGGUAUACCAAACGAUAAUAAAAUCACUUUUUUCUUUUUCUGUCUCUAAGCAACCUCUGUAAACUAUUGAAGAAAAUCCAGGAUAUUUAAUUUUGGUUCAGAAGACUCCUCUGUGUUUGAAUAAAAAGGGAUUGAAAGUCUGUGUAUGUAUGAAAUGAAUUGUUUUAUUGGUGCUUCUCAAGUGAAUGUCAAAUUUUCUGGUACUGUGUGUAUUUGAUUUUGACCAAUAAAGUGUCUGAUGGCUAAU